UUCAAAUUUUGAAAAAUAAAAAAAUUAAAAUUUUCAAAGGAUAAACUUAGAAAAGUGCUAUUUUGGUCAUUUUAGUUUUGGAGUGCUAUUUUUGUGAUAUAAACUUGGAAAUGUGCUAUUUUAGAGAUUUGCCCUUAUGGAAAUGACCUUCUUUGUGUGUGUGUGUGUGUGUGUGUGUCAGCAACCUGCAUUCUGCCUCAUUUUCUGAUCAAAUUAAUAAAUAUGGAUUGCACGAUGAGUCCUUUUGACAAAAUCUUAUAUAAAUUCUGUCAAUAUCACAACAAUGCUUGGAAUUAAUCAACAAUCCACUAGUUUAAUGCUCUCAACCAAGCAAGAAGAGAUCCAAUAUAACUUCAUAUAGAACAAAUCAUUCUAUCAUCAUUGAAUCAUUUUAUUUUAUAUCUUGAAGAUGUUUGGUACAACGUUCUCAAGAUAUAUGUUCUCCGGUAUUUCGCAGGAUGAGUUCGCUGGAUGGUACAUGGAGCUAUCCAUCACUGCUAGAUUGGUGGUUUACAUUACAUUUUUGGGUACAAUUAAUCCAUUAUAGUUAUAUAACAUAUGCUAAUGUAAAGCUAACUUGCUUUUUCUUAUUGUAAUUGUGUUCUUAGGGACUAUAAUGUUCCUUAUUUUUUUGAUACUGAAAUUCCUGAGCGAUUGUGACAUGGAAGAUGACAUGGAGAGGUUACCAGUAGUGGCAGGAGAAGAAGUCACCGGUUGGACUCCGUUGGUCAACGAGACGUUGGAAGUAACGGGGAAAGGUGAUCUGGAAAGGGCGUCGUUCAGCUCGGCGGAUGAUGUGGACUACUCGACAUUGUGUGUCAUAUGUUUCGAGGAACGGAGAAACUGUUUCUUUGUACCGUGCGGUCACUCUGCCACUUGUCGCGGCUGUGCUGAGAAGAUCAUGUCGGAAGAAAACAAGGUGUGUCCGAUUUGUCGGAGGGUGAUACGCAAGGCUAAGAGAUUAGUUCUUAAGUGUUGAACGUUGUUGCUUUUACUAGCCACAUUUUGUCUCAUGAAGUCAUGAUCCCAAGCAAAGUUUGUAAUCAUCCUGUGUUUUUAAUCUUUCACUACAUUUACUUUGAAGAAAAAUUAACUAUGUUUGCAAAUUGCAAUAGAAAGAAGGCUAUAGAUUUAAACAAUCUUAGAACAUUGUUCUUUCUUUGAGAUGAGAACAUAGUCGGAAGGCCACAUACAGUUUUGUAGUCCCAUUGAAAUCUUCGUAUUGCUUUAUUUGUUUUUUUAAUCAUAAAUGCAUUAUCCAGGUUGAAUUCAGAUAAUGACACAUUAACAACAUUGUGACAAACUACUAGAUCACAUGCCGUGUUAUGUUUUUUGGUCUAUAGAGCGAUUAACUUUAUAAACAUAUAUAUAUCUUCACUAUACCAAUUGCCAAGUAUGAACCAUAAAUA